AUGAUGAUUGAUCCACGAGAUAAGACAAGCGUGAGUGCCGAAGAUGUGCUUACGGAAGAUUCUGAGGACGAAUUGGCAGAUUUGGAAAAGGAGUUCGAAGCGAAGAAGCAAAAGCUUCUCGAAGAAAGGGCAAGGAGACUAGAGAGGAAGAAGAACAUCGCGCAGGUGGAGCGUUCGCCGUCCCCACCACGGCAAAAGACGCCACCACGCGUUGGUCAGGUUGUCAACAGUGGAACUGAGAAAGACGGGAAAACAGCAACGGCUAGUUUGGAAAAUUUGAAGGAAAGUGAUCGUUCUAGAUCUCAUAAUACUAUUCAUAGAGCCAACAGGCCAGCACCAAGCACAGCGUUCGCAGACCAGCUCUAUGCGUCCAAAUCGGAGAAAACCGCUUGUUUUAACUUUAAUGACCGGUUCUUUGAGUUCGACAACGUACCUGCGAUGAUCGUUGAGAAGACCACCGAAAGUACAGAAAAAGACGAGGUUUCGGGUGAAAUUCUCAGCAGAAGAUACUUUAAGACCACCGAUAUAGAGCGUCUACUCACCAACGUUAAGAUUUUGCGUGCUCCGAAACUUCUAGCUAAAAUUGUGCCUCCCAAAUUUGAGGAACCAACAUACACCAACUGGUGUGUGACAGGAAUCGUCAUGCACAAGAGCGAGCCUAAGACUGCUGUGAACAACAAAAAGUAUAUGGCACUACGGGUUGGUAAUUUCCAUCAUACGGUGGACGUGAUGCUUUUCGGCGAAGCGUUCCAGAAGUAUUGGAAAGUGAGGGUUGGAGAUGCCAUUGUCAUACUCAACCCUACCGUCAAGAAGUUUGGAAACAAAUUCAACUUGACGAUUCAAGAUGAUUUGGAUAGCAUUCUCGAACUUGGAACACUGAAGAACUACGGCCAUUGCUCAGCAACCACCAACCAUGGCCAGCAAUGCAAACAUGUGGUAGACAAGCUGAAAAAUGCGCUAUGUAGCUUCCACGAGGAAGCAAAAUACAAGCAUGGAACACGUAUGGAGCUCCAAGGCAGUGUCAAACCCAAGGCGCCAAAAAACAUUCGAGGCGAGGCCAGUGAAAUGUACUUGGGGGCCAAAAACCUGUUCGUUCAGCAUGCGAAUACUGGGUUCCUAGAAAGAGAUUUGGUGUACUCUGGAGGUGAACAAUAUGACUCUAGUAAAUACGACCGAGCAAUAGAGAGCAAAAGUUCCAGAUUACGGAAAGAGCGGGCCAACGCAAAACUCGAGGAGCAGCUCCUCACCACUGUUGCUCCCCGGCACUUGAAUGAUCUAGCCAAGUUGGGCAUCCUCAAGCAAAAGCGUGAGAUGGCAGAUAAGGUUGAAUCUGCGCAGAAGAUCAGAAAACAUGCAUUUAACAGCACGUUUAUCACAGGCAUGGGGUUUGAUCCUACAGUUACCAAUAAUAGGAGCGGUGGCAACGGAAAAGGGAAAAAUCAGCUGCAGCAAUUAGAAGAAUUGCGACUGUUGAGUCAGGGAAAAAAAAUUAGCUUGGAGCCAUCAAUUGAAGACCAGGCAAAGAAGCGGUCACAAUGGCAGCAGGCCAUAAAUGCUGCGAAGAAUGGUUGCAGCGGCAAAAUAGAUGGCGGAGAGAAAAACUCGUUUACACGCAAGAAUGCGAAAACCCCACCAAGACCUCCACGCCAUAUAGUGGUGUCAUCACUGGACGAGAGCGAUAUCGAAAUCACAUUCACAAAUGAUGAUGACAGACUGCAUUAUGAAGCUAGUACCCGAAACCAGGUUACAGGGGAAUAA